CUUUAAGCCUUUCAAGCUCCCAAUCCACAUGUGGCGUAAUACUCAAUCUUCCAUACGCAAUUUCGCUAUAUAUACCGUCACCUUAACUGGUUAUGACACAAUACUCCCCUGUUUUAGUUCAGCUCGUUACAUACGAAUUCCUGUUCGUAACACUAUUUUAUAGCUUUUUGGUUCUCAUCUCAGGAUCACGAAAAUGUUUGAAGAACGUCACCAAGCGUAUGGUGAGGUGGUGCCUCCUCACGCCCCUUAUGGUUAUGGAACUGCUCAUCUCCCACAGGGAGACACUGUGAAGAUCUACUGUGAGGCUAAUCCUGACUACUCUCUUGCCAACUUUAAUGGCCAGGUGGCCAUGGCACCUGCUAAUGAGUCUGACCUAAAUCAGCAAUGGAUAAUGGACACUUCAUGGAGCGUGAAGGCCAAGGAUGAAGCAGGAUUCCCUGCAUUUGCCUUGAUAAACAGGGCUACAGGCCAGGCUUUAAGGCAUGGACGUGCAGAGAAAGAAAGGAUUACCUUGGGUCCAUACCACCCUGAUGAUUUGAAUGAGGCUGUUCUGUUUACCCAGAGUGCCGAUGUGGGUAGGGGUUAUCAGUGCAUCAGGCCGGUGAACGACAUUAGCCUAAAUCUUGAUGCCAAGGUCGACGAUGAUGAACAUCACGGCGGCCUUCAUGAAGGGGCAGAGGUUGCUCUGUUCAAAUGGAACAAGAAGGAGAAUCAGAAAUGGAAGAUCACUCCCAUCUUGAGCUCAUCUGGAGGAGGAUGUGGAUCUGGUUCUUUAUACCCUCCUGUAAAUGAAGAGGAGCUUCAGGGUUACGAUGUUAGGAUUUACUGUGAAGCUAAUCCAGAGUUUUUCGUGGCGGCCCGAGGUCAUGUUGCAGUGCUUGCUCUAGGAAGCCCACAUGAUCCCCACCAGCAAUGGAUCAAAGUGGAUUCAUGGGGUCUUAAAGUGAAAGAUGAAGUUGGAUUCCCAGCCUUUGCCUUAGUGAAUAAGGCUACCAAACAGGCUCUCAAACAUGGAGAUCAAGAGUGGGACCAGAUAUACUUGGCAGAUUACAAUCACAAUAAGUUGGAUGAAUCAUUGCUGUGGACCCUAAGUUCAGAUGUUGGGAAUGGGUAUCAAUGCUUUAGGCCAGUGAACAACAUCCAUCUAAAUAUGGAUGCAAAACAAGCUGAUGGUGAAGAAGGUGGAAUCUAUGAUGGAAAUGAGCUCAUUCUCUUCAGCUGGAAGAAGCAAAGCAAUCAGAAAUGGAAGCUGCAGCCUCUUAAUUAGAGGAAGUAUUAUAUACUUGCAUGCUAAAUAAAGGAGCAGCAGUUGCAGCAGCUUAGAGUUGUAUUUUGUCAUAUGGACUGUUUAGCAUCAAAGGCUACAUAGUGUCUAGUUCAUGUUGUAAUGGAUGUAAAGUAGGUAAGUAGAGCCUAGGUCUUGGGGGAUGUAAAUAAAGCGUGGUGUGUUAUGAUUAAUGUUGAACUUUAUCGAUAUUUUAUGCAUCAAUUUUCUAUUUUUUUA